GUCACGUGACGCACGAGCGCAAACUCACGGCGGACCUGGGUGGAGCGAGAAGUACGUCCGCAACAUGGCCGCUGUUUGAUAAAGCUGAUUGAACUUGAAAAACACAAACUAAAGUACUGAUCUUAUGACGUUAAUAUCCAUCUGAUACCGGUGUCGAUGCUUGUAUCGAUCCGCUCAGCCUGAGUUGAAGCAGCGAUGAGUUCAGCUCAGUAUCUGAGAGAGUUCAUCAAGGAGAGACUAACUGCUGUUUGUGAAGAAAUCUUCUCAGAGGUUCAAAAAACCAUCGUCCAGUAUGAGGAGGAGAUCAACCGUCAGCACAGACUGCUGGAUAUCAGCCGGAAACCCGACAGAAACUCACACAUCAUAGACUUCCCACGACAACGUGACUGCAAUGAAGAGGAGGAGAGGAACUCCAGUCUGGACCAGGAGGACCCAGAGCCUCCACAGAUUAAAGAGGAACAGGAGGAGCUCUGCAGCAGUCAGGAGGGAGAGCAGCUUGGACUGAAGCAAGAGGAAGGCAUUAUCGUCUGGUCCAGGGAAGAGCAGAUUAGACUGCUGGGGACCAUCUGCAAACCUGAGAUAAAGUUACACAGAAUAGACCUCCAACAGCAGCAUGUCUGUGAUGAGGAGAAGGUUGUCAGAGGUCAGCAGGUCUGUAACCAGGAGAGGAACUCUAGUCUGGACCAAGACGACCCAGAGCCUCCACAGAUUAAAGAUGAACACGAGGAACUCUGCAGCAGUCAGGAAGGACAGCAGCUUGGACUGAAGCAGGAGGCUGAUGCCUUCAUGGACACUCUUGUUUAUCAGGAAAGUUACCACAGUGAACUGGAAUCAAACAGUGGGCAGCUCCUUUCUCACAGCUCUCCUGAAGUAGAAAGCAAGCAUGUAGUCUCAGGAUCAGCUAGAAAUAUAGCGCUAAAGAGGAGGAGACGUCUCAGACUUGCUGACACAAGGGAAAAGUCUCUAAAAUGUGACACAUGUGGAAAAGCAUUUCACUUCCAAUCCCACCUGAGUGCACAUCUUAGAGUUCACACAGGUGAGAAACCGUAUUCUUGUAGCACCUGUGGGAAAAGAUUCAGCCACAAAUCAGCAUUGGAUAAUCAUUUAAGACGUUACACAGGCGAGAAGCCAUAUCUUUGUAUCACUUGCGGGAAAAGAUUUGUUCAGAAGUCUCAUUUGGAGCGUCAUGUGAGAAUUCAUACAGGUGAAAAGCCGUAUCCUUGUAUCACCUGUGGGAAAAGAUUUAAUCAGAAUUCAGAGCUGCAACGUCAUGUAAGAAUUCACACAGGUGAGAAGCCGUAUUUUUGUAAAACUUGUGGGAAAAGAUUUGCUGACUCAUCAGGACUCAUAAAACACAUGAGAUUUCACACAGGUGAGAAACCAUUUUCUUGUGGGAUCUGUGGAAAAAGUUUUAGUCAGAAAUCAGCAUUGGAAACUCAUGUAAGAACUCACACAGGCGAGAAGCCGUAUUCUUGUAGCACUUGUGGGAAAAAAUUCAAUCAGAAAUCAGGAAUGAAGUCUCAUGCAAGAAUUCACACAGGUGAGAAACCACAUUGCUGUAGCAGGUGUGGGAAAACCUUUAGCCAGGGGACACACUUAAAGAAGCACAUGAGAAUUCAUACUGAUUAAAAGUUUAAAGCUUAGAACAUGUGGGACAGCUGUUAGUCAUAAUAGAGUGUUGGUUGUCGAGCUCACACUGAGCAGAAGUCAAACCACUGCAACACCUGAGUGAAAAGAUGAAUCAUAUUCAGGUCAGUAUUAUGUGGGUUCUAUUCCAGGAAGCAGGUUUAACUAACAACUGCAAGUUUGCUAAUCCUAACAUGAGGGAGAGAAAGAGAGUUAACUUUAACUCGGUGUCACUCACCAGGUUAAGAAACUCUUUGAACCUAACAGAUUUCAGCAGAUUUUCUUAAACAAACUAUGAAUUUGUGUAAGAAACAAGUCACUCCUCCCAUUUGCUGCACCUGAACCUGCCAACUGACACUCCAGUUAAUUUCCUCUUUCAUAAUGUUCUUAACAAUGCACAUUAAUCUGCUGGAAGUUUGUUCUUACAAAUUCUCAGUUAGAUGUUGCUUUGUAACUUUGUUUUUUUGGGAUUGAUUUUAUAAUCAUGCAGUGAAAAAUGUCAUGAUUGGGACAGCGAUUCUUGCAGAUUUAUUAAGAGCUGAGAAUAAGAGCAUAUAGUAGCAUAUACUAAUUUAGUUUCCGUAUUUCCAACUCUGACUUAGCAGGGCCAACUUUGAGUACAUUAUUGUAUUUUUGUAGUACGUCAUUGUCCUCUUUAAAGUUUUAGACCCAUAGAGCACAGGAUUAGCUAUACUUUAAAGUCAGGUUUGAAAUGCACACAGUAGACUGUCUGUGUUUUGAACAUUUCAUUUUGAAAUUUCACAGACUCACAGGACUCAGUCAUAUAAUAAUCUCAAACAAUGUUUUGAAAGGUAAAUUAAGGUAAUUUUAAAGGUAAGGUCAAUUUAAAGGUAAGGUAGAUUUAAAGUCUGUGACUUUAAAUGAAACACAUUUUUCAUUCACACUAACCCAAAUCCAUCUCACUGGGGUAUCAUAUAGCCCUUUUUCACUAGUACCCACUCUGCUCGACUCGACUUGGUUUCAGUGUUUUUUCCAUUACGCUGGAGUACCACCUACUCUGGGUGGGGUCGUUAUAGCAAUGUGGCCUAAAUUCCCGUGACGGCGUUUGUAAAUGACACAACAAAAGGAGGAUGUUAAGAUGAUGGUAUACCUGCUACCUGGUCACCACAAAAAUUACACUAAAAACGAGCGUAUAACGUUUGCCUCUACUGUUUUGUUUUAUGGAAAUCUCAAUAGAAAAAAAGAAGUUGCUACAGCCCAUCAAUGCAUGAAAUACUGGCUUGAAAUGUUUGAUUUCAUUAAAAAAUGAAAUUGUCAAA